AUGAUACGACACAUGCCCAUCUGUUUAAAGGAUAUAUCUAUUAAUCCUACGAAAUUACUUUAUUUAUACUCUGAAAAUUCUAAAGAUAUGUACAUAAUCAACUCAUUCAACUCUUAUACGAAUGUAAUAUCCUUUAUGGCAUCGGGCUACUUCAUCCUAUCAAACUUUAAUCUUGUAUACUCCUACGAUCGCAUUAUCGUCUUCAUCAUCUACACCCUACUUUAUUACUCCAUUUAUCAAUGA